GCGAGCACUGGUGCAUCAUCGACGACCAACCGACAAAGCAGGCAAGCAUCGACAGCGAAACGCCUUCGCCAGACCGACGCAUCACCAAUGAUUCGAUAACACGAGCUCCACGAACCCACCUCGGGACCGCGCGCCUUCACCCCAGAACCAAGAGAAGAGCACGAUAGCACUACUAUACCAAGCUUUCCAAGACAACCCUUGGUUAUCCGCAGCCAAGAGCAAAGAGACAGCAUGCCGACCCUUUCGCUGGUCAACUUCAACAUUGUAUGCGCCACAUUGGGCGGCUUCGUCACCGUCUUCGGUCUGGUAUCCUACCUCUUGAAAGAGAAGUUCUACCUCUCCGAAGCGCUGAUCUCCACGAUCGCGGGCAUCAUUUUCAGUCCGCACGCCACGAAUUGGGUGCGGCCACUCGAGUACGCGAAUGGAAAUGAAAUCGACUUGGAGACCAUCACCUUGUACUUCACCCGACUCGUCCUGGGUGUGCAACUCGUGCUGGCAGGCGUGCAGUUGCCGAGCAGGUACUUGCGGACGGAAUGGAAGAGUCUGUCGAUCCUGCUGGGUCCUGGCAUGUGUGUGAUGUGGUUGUGUACAUCGUUCUUGGUGUGGGCAAUGGUGCCGAAUAUCGACCUGGUCAUGGCGUUGAGCAUCGGUGCUUGCGUGACGCCGACAGAUCCGGUGCUCAGUAACAGUAUUGUCAAGGGCAAGUUUGCGGACAAGAAUAUUCCGCCAGAAUUGCAAAAACUCAUCACCGCGGAGUCUGGUGCAAAUGAUGGCCUGGGAUACCCAUUUCUGUUUCUAGGACUGUAUGUCCUCAAGUAUUUAGGCAACGGCGGCGCAGGAGAGCACGGUGGCGCUGGUCAUGCCUUUGCCUUGUGGUUCUAUGACACAUGGGUCUACGUGAUCAUCCUCUCAGUCGUAUACGGUGCGGUUGUAGGCUGGAUCGCCAAAGAACUGCUCCACUGGGCCGAAGAGCGCAACUACGUCGAUCGGGAGUCCUUCCUCGUGUUCGCAAUCACUUUGGCCCUCUUCAUCGUGGGCACAGUCGGUAUGAUCGGCUCGGACGAUGUCCUGGCUUGCUUCAUCGCUGGCAACACUUUCACCUGGGACGACUGGUUCCGGCUCGAGACAAUGGACGACUCUCUGCAACCCACGAUUGAUAUGCUCCUCAACGUCGGCAUCUUCAUAUGGUUCGGUGCCGUCUGCCCAUGGCACAGCUUCGUCGACAACAGCGUCAUCCCCAUCUAUCGCCUCAUCCUACUCGGCAUCAUGGUCCUCCUGUUCCGACGUCUUCCAAUGGUUCUAGCAGCCCACAAAUGGAUCCACCAAGUCGAACACUACCAACACGCCAUGUUCGUCGGCUUCUUCGGCCCGAUCGGCGUCAGCGCCAUCUUCUACCUCUAUGUCGCCCGCGAAUUCCUCCGCGACAUCACGGUGGAUGACACCAUCCGCUCCGACGCCGCGCAACUCAGCGAAGUUCUCGACGUCGUCGUGUGGUUUCUGGCCAUGUGCUCCAUCGUCGUGCACGGGCUCUCCAUCCCUCUCGGGAAACUCGGUCUUUCCCUCCCUCGUACGCUGUCCGCAGUCGUGUCCGUUGAUCGCUCCUCCCGAGCCUCGAGUCGUACCCGCAGCGGCAACGCAACGCCAGCGAUCGUCUCGACGUUGGAUUUCACGGGUCCGGCGACAAUGGCGAAUGGGAACAAGUCCGACUCGCAUGGGACGAGUGAAACGACGCCUCGGAUGAGACCGCCGUACAUGUCGAACCCGGUGGCCUUGGCGAUGCCGCAGGCCCAGGUGGCGAAUGGAACGACUUCGCGAGGCGGGAGGAGAGUGAUUCGGUACGCGGAUGAGGAUGCUGCUGGAAUGUCGGGCAGUGGACCGUCAAAGGCGGCGAGUGUGUCUGGUGUGUGA